AUGAGUUCGAACGCAGUCAAGAACGGCUCAUCGGCGAGACUGAACCAGGCGCCCUCGAACCAGUCACUGCUACUGGAGAAGGUGAAUGCCAGGACAUCGACCCCCGAUUCCGAAGCGCUCGCAAGCUCCGAAGACGAAGGCGAUCAUCGCCACGAAGCCUCCCAAUCCCUGGCACAGCCCGUGAAGCCGGUUCGCCGGGCCUCUUGGCUGAACGAUACAUCUGCACCCCUCAGCCGACCUCGGAAGGGAUCCUUCGCGAGCAAUUCCAUGUCUCCCACCACAUCCCACCCCAGCACUCCCUCCAUCGAAACGGGGGCGGGAGCUUGGGGAUCUCAUUCCACUACAUCAGUCAUGGGCCGCGGCCCAGGGUCAAACUUCCCAUGGGGGACUGGCAUCUGGAAUAACGAUCGCAAAGACCCCCCAGCGAGACUCAGUGAAGUUCUUCCGUCUCCCACCUCGACGGUGCCCCCCGGAGCUGGAAACAACUCCUUCUUUGGCCCAGAUCCUGGUCUUACUCCCACUACCUCGGCCUCCCGAGAGCCGGGCACCAACUCGCAGAUUCCCUUUCCCAUCCCGCUCCACCCCACUCCGAAGACCUACCGCUCGCAAUCGUAUUCCGCUGGACAGCUGGAUCCUGAGACGUCACCGGGCUCUGGAAUGAGCUCUUCGACGCUCCUCGGCCGAGCCCGCUAUCCUACUCUCCAGCACCGACCCUCUCGGCCUAGCAUGCUCAGUGAGAUGGCCAGUGACGGGACCAUGCUCGGAAAGGUCAAGGAGGUGGAGGAUGACGACGACGAGGAGUCGUCGGAGUCGCUCCAGGGCUCGUUCCACCAGAGUGCCGAGUCCAAGACGAUUGAGAUGCUUGCACGGGAGAAUGCCAUGCUCAGGCAGCAACAACAGCAGCAUCAGUAUGGCAGCCGCCUUCGCCAGCGAGGUGCUCCUGGAUCCUACCAUGGCAACGGAUACCCUCUUCGAGAGUUCGUUCCCGAGGAAGACUACGCCAUCGAUGAGCUCGACGAGUCGAAUGACGGCGAAGCUAUCGCCAGACGGGCGACCGAGAGGCGAAUGAGCGAGUUUGGUACCGCAGGCCCAUAUCGCAACCCCAUGGGCUAUGACGCGCAGAAGGGGGUGCCCACACUGAAGAAGGCUCUUUGGUCCAGCUCCCCCAGCUAUUUUGCCAACGACUUUUCUCAAAGCAGGCGACACUCCUUUGCCAACAUGCCUACCCGACAGGGCUCCAUCAGCUCCAUUGCCGAUUCGGUCGCCACGUUGGAGGCCCCCAACCCUGACAAUCAGCUCAAUCAAGGCUACCCGGGGAGCUAUUCGGACAACGCCGCCUUUGGAGGUGCGAAUAACGGUAGAUCUAUUGCAGCCAACUUCUUUCCCGGAGGUGGCAACAUGGCAGGCUCUAUUCCUUCUGCAUUCGGCAACCCCUACAUGUCCCAGUAUGGCAUGCACAACCAGUUCGCCAAUCGGCCGCCAUCCCCCCAUCGUAACGUGUACAGCGUGGGGCAGCCGAGACACAAUCAGCUUUUGCAUGUCGUCCUUUUCAAGUGCGCCAGGGCAGAUGUGUUUUACAUUCAGGAGGGAACCGGGCUUACUGUCAAGCCUGGUGACCUGGUCAUUGUAGAGGCUGAUCGGGGCACUGACUUGGGCACUGUCGCACGCGACAACGUCGAUUGGCAGACGGCCAAGGAGCUCAAGGAGCAUUAUGCAGAGGAGCAAUACAAGUGGCUGAUGAUGUAUUCUCAAAACGCCGCGGCUGCCCAAGAAGGCUCAGGGGCAGGUCUCCUGGCUUCGUCCAAUGGCCUUCAAGGUAGCGCGAUUGGCGGGAUGGGACCACCGAAUCAACAUCACAUGCAAGAGCCAAGCGCUGGCGAGCUUCGACCCAAGCUCAUCAAGCGGCUUGCUCAGAAUCACGAAAUUCACUCCCUCAGGGACAAAGAAGGCCAGGAGGCCAAGGCGAAGCGAGUGUGCAUGCAGAAGGUCAAAGAGCAUGGCCUUAACAUGGAGAUUCUCGACGCUGAGUUCCAAAUGGACUGGAAGAAGUUGACCUUUUACUACUUCGCCGACUCCUACAUUAACUUCAACUCCCUCGUCACGGACCUUUUCAAGAUCUACAAAACGCGCAUCUGGAUGUCUGCUAUCAACCCGGCUUCUUUUGCGAGUCCUACUCUGGGGAUCCAGGCACCGAGCGGGGUUGGACCAGGUGCCGUUGGCGUUGGUCGCGGUGCCAAUGCCAAUGACCGCCGCCAGAACCAGACCUCGCAGCAAGAACAGCAGUCGCAGGCCUUUGCCGGGGCGGCCCAAGUACGAGGAAUGCGAUCCGGCUAUGCCCAGCCCCAGAUGGCUGCGGAUCGACAGGGGCCUCCGGCCACCGGUUUCCCGCCCUCCAACUACGCGUAUGGAACUGCUGGUGCCUUUGGAAAUGCACGGAUGAAUGGUGGAUACACCUUGGGCAUCAACCAGGGUGUCGAUCCCUUUGCCGGCACUGGUGGAUUCCCCCAGUCGGGCGAUUUGCACUCCAUCCGCCAACGAUUUCCGACCUCCCAAACCAUGCCGUCUCCCGGCCCUCACUCUCAAGGCGUGACUGCCAUGUCUCCCCCCAACGACUGGACGGCUUCUUUCCAGGGCCUUUCUCUCAACACUCACUGA